AUGGCUGUUAAAAAUAAUUCCCAGAUUCACUGGGAGAAAUUUGAAGAAAUACGUAACAAAGUCAAUUCAGAACUAACUAAAGCUAAAACAGCAUUUUUCUGUAACAAAUUUGAGAACUGCGCACAAUCGAAAGAUAUGAAACAUAGUUGGAAGUUAAUUAAUAUUCUCUUAGGUAAAAACAAAAAAUCAAAUAAUAUCUCUCAACUUAAAUGUGAUGAUGUUGUGAUUUCAGAUGAUACUCUGAAAGCUGAGGCGUUUAAUGACUUCUUUGUUAACAUCGGGGUAAAUUUGGCUAAUGAAAUUGAGAACGAUUCUCUAUGUACGAACAUUCCAGAUGAUGAAAAUUACCACUCUAACUAUUACUCUAAUAUAAAUUGUAAGUUUUCUGAAAUUAGUAUGGAUGAUAUUAUUUGUCAAUUACGUAAUCUUAAAAUUUCAAAGUCUACCGGUAUUGAUAACAUCCCUGCUAUAGCUCUUAAAUUGUCCGCGGAAGUUAUUGGUCCUUCAUUAACAUGGAUUUAUAAUCUUUCAAUCAAAACUGGGAUAUAUGUUGAUGAAUGGAAAAAGGCGUGGGUAAUGCCAAUUUUUAAAUCUGAUGAUAGACAAAGAUGUGAAAAUUACCGACCGAUAUCUAUAUUGCCUAUUGUCAGUAAAAUACUAGAGAGAUCGGUUUUCAACCAAAUUUAUAAGUUUUUGAAUGAUAAUUCGCUGCUAUCUAAACAUCAAUCUGGCUUUCGGCCUAAGCAUUCAACUUUAACAACACUCAUUCAAAUGUGUGACACACUUUAUGAGAACAUGGAUAAUGGUCAGUUGAGUGGUGUUGUUUUCCUUGAUAUUAGAAAAGCUUUUGAUUCUAUUGAUCAUACAAUCUUAUUACAAAAGAUGAAUGAUCAAUUUGGAAUAAAAAAUGUGGAACUGGAUUGGUUUAAGUCCUAUCUAACUAAUAGAGAGCAAGCAUGCAUUGUCAACGGUACCGGUGCAAUGUCAUCACCUAAAACGAUUGUGUGCGGAGUUCCGCAGGGAUCAAUUCUUGGUCCCUUGCUGUUUUUAUUAUAUAUUAAUGAUUUACCCGAAUGCCUCGAAAAAACUUCGCCACACCUAUACGCUGAUGAUACUCAAAUUUCUACUUCUGCCAAAACUAUUGAGGAACUUACUGAAAAUCUAAAUAAUGACCUGAAAAAAGUCGGUGAGUGGCUUGCUCGAAAUAAACUGCAACAGCACCCAACUAAGACCAAAUUAAUGUAUAUCGGUUCAAAGUAUAAUACUGAUACUAUGACUUAUGAUAUUCCAGUAAUGAUGAAUAACCAAUUCAUAACUCUUGCUCAUUCAUACACAUGCCUUGGGGUUAAACUUGAUGAAAACCUUAAUUGGCAUGAGCAUGUUGAAAUGAUUUGUAAGAAAGUUGGGGCCGGCAUAGGAGCAAUGCAACGAAUUAAGCCAUAUGUUCCUAUAAAUACCCUGCAUACCAUUUACAAAGCUUUGAUAGAACCGUAUUUUGAUUAUUGUAGUCCAUUAUGGGACGUCUGUAACCAACAGCUGAAAGAUAAGCUUCAAAAGUUCCAAAACCGUGCAGCAAGAAUUAUAACCGGCGCCAGCUAUGAAAUAAGGUCUGCUGAUGUUCUUCGAUCCCUUGCUUGGGAAAAUUUAGAGAUAAGACAACGUACAACUAAAUCCACAUUAAUGUAUAAAGUCCUGAAUGAUUGCGCUGGGCCGAACUUGAAGGAUGCUCUAACGAGAAGGGACCUUGUUCAAACCAGUUAUAAUCUUCGCAAUACUUAUACUGACCUUACCCUUGCUAAGCCAAAACGAGAAUUUCUAAAAAAAAGCUUUAAGUAUAGCGGAGCUAAAUUGUGGAAUAGUCUUCCUUCUGAUGCGAAGCUAGCGCAAUCAAUUUAUUCUUUUAAAAACUGCCUGAAAGUUUCACGCUAACAUCUUCUAAUAUACUGUAUAUGCAUGCUUUAGAAAUAUGGGUCACACCGUUUGGAACUUAAUUCUUGUAUUGUAAAUAGUUGUAUAUAAUUCUUUAUUCUUUUCUAUAUCAUAUUUAUAAUUUUUAAUAGUAACAGACGUCCCUCGUGAAAAUCAACAAAUCGUUGACGAGGCUAACGUCUUUAAAUAAAGUUUACAUACAUACAUACAUACAUACAUACAUACAUACAUACAUACAAGUGGAAAACUGGCUUUAGCGGCGCUAGAGAAGGAGGCUCAUGGAGCGCGUGGGUUUCAAGGUAUGGUCGUAUAGAGCCUGUGUCUGUGUGAAACUAAAAUCGUAAACAAAAGCCACAGAUAGAAAAAGCCUCUGUGGAGCAGUCUUUUUAUUCGACACCAGUUUCAAAAUAGGGGUGUUCAGACCAGGCAAUAUUACUUGCAACGUACAAUCAUAUGGUUUGGCAAAUGCCAAGGCUAUUUGAACCAACAUUUGCCUUUAGCAACGAAGCGCGCCUGGAUCAGUCGAACUUUUACGGUUUAGCGGUGCUAAAUUAUGAAACAUGCUACAUGGCUGACAAAUGUGCUUUAAAAUGCGGAAAACUCACGAAAGUGACGGAAACCUAUCAAAAUUCGGCUGAUGAAAACAGAAAAGUGCAUAGUAAAAGUGAACUAUAUUAUAAAGCUAGGUGGUGCCUUCUGUAAUAGUGAAAAGUUUGUCUGACCAUGCACGGUGGGAAUCGAACCCUGCCCCGCGACUUUGGGAUAAUCCAAUGCUCUAUCCACUGAGCUACAAGGUCAUGUCGGUUCGAGUUGGUGAUAUUUCGGAACUGAGUCUAGUUCCUUCGAUAUCAAUGUAUUUUUUGUGUGUGUUGGUGUUAUAUACUCAGGUGAAUAUGAUGUUUGUGAUGUUGCUCUGAGCGUACACCGGGCAAGCUGACAUCACAAACAUCACAUCACAAACAAGUAACAUCACAAACAUCAUGUUAACCUGAAUACAUAACACCAACACACACAAAAAAUAUCAUAUCUUAGAAUACAUUGAUAUCGAAAGAGCUACAUUCAGUUCCGAAAUAUCACCAACUCGAACGGGCUUGACCCGUCGUAGCUCGCAGCUGGUAGAGCAUUGGACUAUCCCAAAGGUCCGCUUCCCACCGUGGUCAGGCAAACUUUUCAGCUUGCCCGGUGUGGAUGCACACUCAGAGUAACAUCACAAACAUCAUAUUCACCUGAGUACAUAACUGCCAACACACACAAAAAGUAUCAUAUAUAUCUUAGAACACAUUCAUAUCAAAGGAACUAGUCUCAAUUCCGAAAUAUCCAGCAGGAGCUCCAUCUUUGAAUUUACUAUACGAGUAAAUUCUUAAACACGUCUGUAUUUAUUAUUAUGGUAAAUUCGCGGCACAUUUUGAAUUUAUCAUAAUGAUAAAUUCGCGGCAUCUAACCCCUAACACUAACCCUAGCCCCAACCCUAACCAUUAACCCCUAAUCCUAACCCUAUCUAACUUUUUAAACUUUUUUGAAAAUCUAACUUUUUAAACUUUUCUUUUCUUUUUAAAACUUUUUUAAAACUUUUUUAAAACUUUUUUAAACUUUUCUUUUGAAAAUCCUUUUCAGCUUGCCCGGUGUGGAUGAACAUGACUCACAGUAAUAUCACAAACAUCAUAUUGUUAAGAAAAUAAACUAUAUUCUAAACUGACUCAGAAAAGUACGCGGAGGCACCAAUGCUCGUAAGACCAGAAUAACAUAAUUAAACGUGAUCUUUAUAAAAGUGAUAUUUCGACUUUAUAUCAAAGACUUUGUCAUGCCUUGGAUUAUAGGAUUAACAACCGAUAACAUUGUUGGAUAGUCGCGAUAUAUCCCUUUGGGGCUUGGCCUUGAGUAUCAGCAUGAAUAUUUUUGUGUCCGUUGUUUUUCUAGCAGCAAUACUUGGAAGUCAUAUCUCGAGUAUCUGCUGAGUAGUGGUAUACUGUAUAUAGAAAAUUUAUAUUGUGCCUGUAGUGCAGAAACGGACCUACCCAUCCCUCUUAUAGUGUUGAAAAUUUAGAAAAAGACUAUUUAUUUGACAUCAUAUUGGUCCGCGAAGACAAUUCCUACUUUUACUAAACGAACAAAGAACUGCAUCCGCAUAUCAGUUCGAAGUGCUUCCUAUGCAUCCUCAAAUUGUAUAAGUCAUGCACUAUUAAAGAUGGGUAUAUGAUGCCCAAUUCUAAUCAGGUGCCCUCUAUCGCUUCAUCAGUCCAAUAUAUGACCCCUUGUCUUGUUUACAUUUCCCUGGCAAACAAAAAGACAAAUUUGGCUAACAAACGGUAACUAUAGGGAGCUUUCAUUAACUCGUCGAGACCGCGGGUCAGAACGGUCAAAUUGUUACCAUUCAAUUAACAAAGAUAGAAACGUCUGAUCUGACCGGUCUGGGCCAUUAAAUGGAAAGCGCCCGUGCAGAGUUAAGAGAACCAGAGUGACCCAUAUACAAUGAACACCACAAUAUUCAAUAAAAAUCUUUUGACUCUGGAGUGGGAGCUUUUCAAUUUAAAACUUUUUCCUGCCGGAAAACAAGUUUGCUGACGAGAAAUAAACAAAGACGUUCCUGUGUUAAUAUGGCAACACACUAAUACUCAAAAUAUUUUCAAUGUCAAUAUUAUAAUAAGCAAAGAUACGUAACAAAAUACAAACAUCGUCAGUUUUACAAAACAUGUUCUUUCAUGAGCUAAAGAGUUGUCUGGUAAAUAACUGGUCCAAUUUUAAACAGAUAAUUGUCAAAGAUCGAUUUUAGUAAGACCACUAAGACGUCUUUGUUAAGGGAAACUCUGAAAGCGCUGACUUAAUACACACAAAAAACUGCCAGAAAUUGAAUAAUUAAAUUCUUGUCCAAUGAGAAUGUUAGAUUUGCAUGACAAAGGUAUUUGUCAAAGGAAAAGAUAUGAAUAACCAGAUAUACAUAAUCACUCUUUCAGUAUUGACUGUACAUGCUGAGUAAAGGAUAGAACUUCACGCUAGCAACCAUGACUUUGAGAUCUUCGUUAUCGAUUGCGGUUGUAUUUAGCAUUAUUCUUCAUGUAUAUACCAAGGUAUGUGUGUUGAGUCUAUACUUAGUAAAUUUGACCCGUACAUAUAUAGCUAUUGCCUUAUUGGUUGACAUGGUGGGAUUAUUGGGUUAUUAACUGUUUUACUCGGCGGACUGACUUUCCAUAAAUAUUUUGUGAAUAGUACCUUACAUGGUAUUUAUCAGUUUUAUUAGUAUAUAAAAUUAUAGUCUAUAUAAGACUAUGUAAGUCAGUAUAAGAGUUUUGAAACAUAUAUGAAGGAUGUACGGUUCAACUACGGUAGCUUCUUCAUGGACAAUGGUGCUCCGCAGCAAUGUCUAAAAUGUAUAGAUGAACAUUUGAAAAUUUGUAAUACAGUUGAGGUCAUGCAUCAUCUACCUAAUCUAUCCAAGGUUGAUUACAGCAAUGAAAUUAGACAAUAAAAUUAUAGAAAUCGUCUUUCUAAAGACGAGUCAUGAACAUAGAUAAUUUUUGUUUCUGAAAGCCAACUUACAAAACAUGAUCAUUUUAGGUAGGUCUUUACCCUACAGUUGUGCUCUUCUUGUAUCAGCUAUACUUCAGUUAUAGAAUUACGGCUAGCUAGGUAAUUACAUCUGUCACGCAUUCCUGUGCAUGUAGCAUUGUAGACGCUGUCUAGCGAUGAUCCACCAUAAUAUACAUGAUAUAAUUUUUGUACACGCGUGAAGUUUUAUAGUCCGGUUUUUCCAUAAGACCAAUGUCAAGGAUACAUGAUUGAUGACGAUGUACUUGUAACUUAAUUUGAGGGUAAAUCUAGUCAAAUUAGAACUCGAUAUAUAUACCCUCUAAUUUGGCUAAUACAAAUUCGUAACUCUUUAUCAGGUGGUUCUAGCUAGUUCUGACUCCGACAGUUUGUCACAGCGAGACCAACUGAAGUCUUUGUGUUUCUAAAAUGACAAAUGUGCCCAAAUUUGCAUUACUGUUAGCUAUCUAUAUUAUAUAGUUGCAUAAAAAUAUAUCUCCAAGAGCGAAUUCUUGCUAUACUUUAUUAGCCUGCUUUAGCCAUGCAUGUAUAUAUGUCUUUGACGCUAGACUGUAGUGUAUAAAGAUGAAUCCGCCUGGAUCAGUAUAUAAAAGUCCGUGUGUUGGCGAUGUGCAACCAAUCUCAGGGGUUCAAUAUCAUGUUUCCGCAGUGUUCGAUGAAGUCCUUUGUCAAAUUCAUCUACUAACAUGGCGGCGAUGACGUAUUAUACACACCUACAAUUCUUAAAAAGGCCAUUUGGAAUAUGUUUCAAUGACAACGUACAUGGUUCUGUUAGUGCUGCCCAACUGCAUGUAUGGCAAAUUAUUUUCUAUAUGACUUUUUAAAUUUUUAUUAGGAGAUGGACCAAAGAUUUGUUGGCUCAGAGGCGUUAAGACAAGAAGAUAAUGUAAGUUUCAGUGUGUGUAUAAUUUCACCUAUAUACAUAUUUCCAUCCGCCUACGUAUGUUAAAUGCUUUUAUUUUAUAAAUUAUGGUAGAAUUGUUUAGAAAUUGGCAAGCGGUGCGCAUUAUCCCCACGCGUUUUAAUACCAAGACGUGCCGGUCCAAGGUUCCACGCCCAUAUAGAUGAUUUGUCUAAUGUUUGUAACGGGGGAAGUGGUAACCCAUUCUUCCGAAACAAAAGACUAUGGGCAAUGUUUCCAAUGUGACCAUAUGCAUGUAUUCAAAUAUUUUGAACUAUUUCAUUUACUCUGGUAUAUAUCGGAUGCAUCUAUUGACGCAAUAACGUAAUUUUGUUAAGAAUUUCAAGAGUUUUUUCAUUGACCACACACGACUGCACUCCACCAUGGUCACGUUCUAUAAUUGUGGAUAAAACAAUGAACCAAUACAAUAAAACUGAAGAACAUUUCUUCUGAAGAACAAGUCAUGAAGACACAAAGCAUGUUCAUUUUAGGUUGAUAUCGGGAUUUUGGGCAUUUCACUCCAUACACCUUACACGGCUGGCAUUAUGCAACUUAAUGUAUAAUUACACGAACUUGUGGUUAAUUAAAGGCACAGUUCAGCCUUUUGAAUGAUGGUUUUUAAGGCGCAUUACAACCCUUUUAAUUGGAAAAACUAACUAGGAAAAUCAAUUAAGCAUAAUUCAAGAUCAGCAAACUUAACGUUUUUAACAUUAAAAAAAAAUGUUAGAAAAUGUUAAAAACAUUGAGAUCACUGAUUUUGAAUUAUGCUCAAUUUAUUUUCCUAUAGUUAGUUUUUUCAAUGAAAAGGGUUGUAAUGCGCUUUACAAACCUGUGCAGUUCAGUUCCUGCUUAUAGGUCUAAAAAUGUAUAAAAAUUAUACACUCGAAAUUUCCAUCUACAGAAACCCUUCAUUAUUUUAUGUUGGUAUUUAGUAAUUUAGCCACUGCCAAAUUAUAUUUUGUAGAUUAGAUUGCAGUGAGAUUGCUAAAUGUAUUUAAAAUACUCAUUAAAAAUUCACAAACGUUGUGGCAAACUCAUGUCAGCCAUAAUAUGUCACGUGGAGUGACUUUAUAUCUGAUAAAACCCAUCUUCAUUAGUAUUCUUUAUAUAAUUGUUCAUCCUAAUUAGUAUGAUUAUAUAAUUGUUCAUCCUAAUUAGUAUAUGUAGUUAGAUUUUAAGCUAUUCAAAACACUCGAACUCGCGAUUUAUCGUAUCUAAAACGCUCGGCUGCACCUCGCGUUUUAAAUAUUAUAAAACACUCCUCGUGUUUUAAAUACUACAUAAUUGUCAGAUACAAGAGAACAAAUGUUAGUUUUUGAACUUCUUGAACUUGAGCAUCUGCGGAAGUCAUAUAUAAGAAACACCCAGUCUUCCGAUACGUAAUAUACAAAUUUGCUCAACAACAAUACAAAUUUGCGUAACAUACAAAAAUUGACAACCUGCCAACAUCAGUUAUAUACAACCAAUCAAGUAGAAGUCCACAUGUUUGGAAUUUGCAUAAAUACAUUUAGAUGUUAUAGUUUAAUGAUUGCAGCUGAUCGUGUUAGUUUCUCGGCUUGCCGGCUGGAAAAAGUGAUCGACAUCGUUUAUUUUUUGGGAAAAGGCAAAACUGUGAAAGCAAAGAUACAAAAACCUGGAACUUUUUCUGUUAAAUUGAUAUAAUAUAAUUUCAUGACUCGUGUAAUUAAAACAAUAUAAAGGACGUUGGGCGAACGUGGGCGAUAUUGGACCAUUUCCGAGAUAACCAAACUAAGCAAUAUCUCAAUUGAAUGUCAGUUAUGCGACUGUCAAUUUCAGUCAAGACAAGUUCCUGCAUAUACCAAACAAUUCUUAAACAGGUUUAUAUUUAAACUUUCGAAACUAGAAUCUUAGCCAACUAAAGAAAGGAAGGAAAUGUUUCACCCUUCCUUUCAAUCUUUCAUUCUAAACAAUAUUCUGCUAGAUCAUUACCAUUGACCAUCGUCCAAACCAAUACAGGCAGGAAUAUUCUUUAAAACCAACCUACACUGAAAUUGUUAGAAUUUUUAAAACAAAAACGGCGAAAUAAAUAAGGAAAUACCAAAUGGUUUUUCCGUGAUCAUAUCGCGAGCUUUAGAAAGAGCAUAUAUAGCCAUACAAAAGAACAUUCCGACGUUCGAAACUCGGGUUUCCUUGAGUUUUGCUCAUUACCUUCAGCGCUUCUAUCUCUCGCUUCCCCUACUCGCCUUGUUCAUAUCUUAUAUCAAAGCCUCGGCUCGGCAGCUCGGCUUGAUAAAAAGCUAAGAAAACUCUGCGGAGGAGAGAGGCGAUACCUCUCAAAGUUCUUGAAUUUGAAUUGUUACGUUGAAAUUGCCGCUGAAAUUACAAACUGGCUCAUCGCCAAUGCGGAUCUCCAGGUAGAAAACUUGCAUCUUUGAAUUCUGUUUAUGUACUUUUAAGCCCCGUUUAUACACUACGCUCAAUUUUUGGUACGGCACGGAUAAAAUUGGUACCGGCCCGUACCACUUUUUUGGUUCUUGGACUACCUAAAUUGAGUGUAGUGUAAACGGGGCUUUAGUCUAGAGGGAAACAGGCUAAACAGCCUGAGUGGGAAAAUGCAAAUAAAAGUUAUUUCAAAUUCAACAUAUUUAACGAUCCUUUAUUCUCAAGUACACACUUUUCCAUUUACAAGGACACAUUUUCCUUUCACAAGGACACAAAGUGUGUAAAAAAACACGCUAUUUUAAUGCCUGGUCAUUUUUCGUCCAUCAAACAAUUUCCGCGAAACUAUUACAGACACUUCAUCGUAACUGUCUCUCCAAAAACAAAAUUUAAUUAAAUAAUCACGUCCAUGAUGAGGAAAUUAUUGGGGGAGAGGCUUCCGACGGCCUUGUGUAUUCUUGUUGAGGACAAACAUUACGUUUUUGCAUUUGCAAUGCUGUUAUAAUAAAUGUACCUGCAUGCAUGCUUGCAUGUAUACCUGCCCUUAGAACAUGCAUUCUAAAGGUCUUUCAAAAACUAUCAUCAUUGUUAUAAUUGCUGUAUAUUUUGUAACUUUAGUUUUACAAGCUAAUGGAAAUGGCUCAACAUGACAACAAACAUGCUGCACAUCUGAUGAAUGUAAAGAAAUCGCUGGACUCGAAUGGAAAGGUAAGUUGUUUUUGUGCAUUACCGUUAGUUAUCGUGUUCUUCUGUCUCGGUACAUUAUUAGCCUACUAUAUAUUAGUUCUGCUUGAGUGCUUCAACAAAAAAAACUUGCUGUACCUCCAGAUGUUCUCCUAAAAUCUUUAGAGAGGGAUUUGAAACAAGAUUCUAUGACAUUGAAUUGGAAAUAAAUAACUUAAUCAAGCAAUAUAUAAAUACAACAAAUAAUGUUUGGAUUUCAAUUGCUCACAUUGAAAUAUUACUUCGUCACAAUAUAAAACCAAGCCAAACAACUGACAUUUUCACAGAAAUAUUGUAGAGAGAGAGAACCAAGCAGUACCCCUGCAUGCAUAUAAAGCAUUGAAGUUUGAUAUUUUGUUUUAGUCACUUCCGUCCACGGUAUACAAAAGAAUGAAAACGAAAGUUUUGAAAUCUUUGGAGGCAGAUUCUCUUCUUCGUCGUGCAUUAUAUGAUGGUAGGUAGAACCACGGUUAGAACGCAUGCGAUCAUGUUCUUAUGUUAGAUUAAGUAUUAUGUUUUUAUAUAGAAUUUUAGUAUUUUUGCACAAGUGAGUAUAACAAAUCCUACAAGUUGAUCGGUCAAAUUUGACGCAUUAAGCUGUUAUACUCACCUACAGGUGAAUAUAACAAAACCGAAAUUUGCAAAAUGGCGGCUAGCCGUUUGUGGAAGUUACUGAUAAAGAAAUAAGCGAAAUAAAUUCAGUCCCAAAAAACACGAAAGACUUGUGUAAAAAUACUAAAACAGGCGCCUCAGGCUCGGUGAUCUAAGUUUUGAUCUAGUAUAUAAGUAUAUAAUUACCACAUGCAUGGAUUGAAAUAAUUGUCAAUUUCAUUCUAUCCAUAAUUUUGGCGGUGUUCUAGACAGUAUAGAACAUGCUUUUUGUGGAUUUUGUAAACACCCAUGUAUGUUACUAUAGCUCCAAGUUGAACAUGAUUUUACCGUAAUUUCCUUGAUGUCUCUCCCGAUAUUUUCCAACUUACCAUCAAUCUAAGAUUGGACAAUCUUCGACUACUAUAUCUUCAUUCACCACUAGUCACUCAGUAUGAAAUAAUUUAUUUUUCAGAGCAAGCUAAAAUUUAUGCUCAUGUGCAAUGUGGCCUGAGGGUAAUUCCUGUCGAGGUACCCUAUCCAACGUCAGGAUAUUCAUACCCAGCUUUCAUUGAUUUACACCAAUGUGUUGGUGGCUGUCAUUUCCAUUCACCAAGUAUCUUUCACUGUGCAGCACAAAAUACAUCUACUGUCCGUGUUAAAGCCUGGGAAUUUAAUCUCGACACGGAAUUGCCGAAGCAAAAAGUUGAAACACUGGUCAACCAUACGCAAUGUGGAUGUCAAUGUGUUGUACAAGAGCACCAUUGUAAUAAUGCAACUGAGACUUACAAUGCUGAUCAGUGUAAAUGCGUGUGUAAAGAUCUAACGCAUACAUGUAAUACUACGAUAAAGGUAACAAUAGUAUAUUAUAUAGUAUAGAAAGAAACAGAUUGCGAAGAAAAUACAUCUUUUAUUUAAUUUCAAGAGGACCUUUCCCUUUGCAUGCAAUCUAAGUAAUAUUGUCCAAUUUGUCUAGAAAUCCAAUUUCGUACCUUUUAGUUCUUGCAUGUGUGCUUCUUCAGUACAUGAGGAUUGCAAAUAACUCGAAAACCUUUUUACAUGUAUAUGCAUUGAAAAUCUAUCCUAGCAUUACGCCUAUAUAGUCAUAGACCCGAACUAGUUUGCAAAUAUACACGAAUGUAAAGUUGGCAACGCUUGACGACUACUGCAGUGCUACUGCAAAGUUGCUUCAUUUUCUGGGUGUGAUUUUGUUAAAUUCGUUUCCACUCUCUGACUCGUUCGGAAUCCUGUACUUUCUAUUCUCCGAUCCAAGUUGACGUCACUCAUUUUUCAUCUCACUAUCUAUGGACCUCAUAAUUGAAAUCUUCAUGUUCAAAUAUGUCAGGAAAUUCCAUACAAAUGUAUAAGAAAAACAAAUUUUCAAAACGCCCAUUUUCGAAUGUCCAAACGAGCUCGGAUCAGAGAAUACUAUAUAGUUCUAUACAUUAUUUCUACGUAAAUAUUAAUGUGUUCUAUUGUAGUCUGAUCAUGUACGUUGCCUUAAUCUGCUUAUAAUUCACUUUGUUUUCCCGAUAUGUUAGGAAUGGAACAUGGAACAGUGUCGUUGCACGUGCAUCAAACAUCCCUACCCGUGUAACAGCGACGGGAAAUUAUGGAGUCCAGAUACUUGUGAUUGCCAAUGUCUUGAUAGUAUUAAGAAACGAUGCCUAAGAAAAAACAAGCUACUUAACAAAAAUACUUGUGAAUGUUAUUGCUCACCAGAUAUUGUGUGCCGAGCUGGAAGUGAAUUGAAUCCAUACGAUUGUUCAUGCGUGCAUGUGGUUUAG